AUGAGCAGCUCCGACGACGACAUGCCUCUUGCGAGGUCUAACGGACACAUCUCAUCCUCGAGAAUUUCCAAAGCCGAAGACAGAGCUAUGGACCGCGCCGCAUCCAAGGCCAGGCCAGCCCCGCCCGGCCUUUCUGUUCGCAAUGGACCCAUCGACGACGAGAUGGACGUCGAUGGUCCUUCCACGAAUGGCGCGAAGCGAAAGUCACGAUCAUCACUGCCCAAGGUCAAUUACAAGGAUGAAUCCGAAAGCGAUGACGAUGUUCCAAUGGCCAAGCGCCAAAAGAAGCAGAAAGUCGAAGAAUCCGAUUCGGACGACGAACCUUUGACCGCCAGACGAGGCAAGAAUCUGCCUCCUUCCUACAAGGAGACAGCUAUGCUCGACUCAUCCGAUGAUGACCAGCCGUUGGGCGCCAAGCUGGCAAAGAGGAAGGCCGACAUCGAGAAGGCAGCCGUCAAGGAGGCCCGCAGCAUCCGCGCCAGUGAGUCGAAAGUCAAGAAGGCGACACCGAAAAAGGCGAUCAAGGACGAGUCCGACGACGAUGAACCUCUGGCGAAGUCGGCUACCAAGAAGCGUCAAUCGAAUGGUUCUGCCAAGAAGAAGACGAAUGGCGUCAAGGCCGAGUCCGACUCCGACGAGCCCAUUGCGUCAAAGGCCAAGAAGGCGGCUGCUAAACCGGCGGCAAAGGGCAAGGCUGCUGCGCCCGCGAAGGGAGCUGCGAAGAAGGCUGCUGCAAAGACGAAGCAGGAGAGUGAGGCGCCCGAAGAUGAGGAAGGGGAGGAGUACGAGUGGUGGAAUGCGCCCAAGAAAGAGGACGACAGCCAGAAAUGGACGACUCUUGAACACAACGGCGUUCUCUUCCCGCCCGAAUACCAAGCACUCCCCAAGAACGUCAAGCUGCACUACGAUGGCAAGCCAGUUAAUCUCCCCAUCGAAGCUGAGGAGGUUGCGUGGUACUUCGGAUCCAUGCUCGGAUCGAAGCACAAUGUCGAAAACCCGGUCUUCCAGAAGAACUUCUUCGAAGAUUUCAAACAAGUCUUGAAGGAGUCUGGCAAGCCUGCGACAGACAAACAGGGCAACAAGGUCGACAUUAAGGAUUUCGCCAAGAUGGACUUCAAUGCCAUGUGGGAGUGGUCAGAACAACAAAGUGCCGCCCGCAAGAAUCGAACCCAAGCAGAGAAGAAGGCUGCCAAGGCCGAGAAGGAUGAAAUGGAGGCACCGUUCAUGUACUGCAAGUGGGACGGUCGCAAGGAGAAGGUCGGCAACUUCCGUGUCGAACCUCCCAGUCUCUUCCGUGGUCGUGGAGAGCACCCCAAGACUGGAAAGUUCAAGAGGAGAGUGUACCCCGAGCAAAUCACGAUCAACAUCGGCAAGGACGCCAAGGUUCCAGAGCCUCCCAAGGGCCACAAGUGGAAGGCAGUUGUCCAUGAUAACAAGGCUACCUGGUUGGCUAUGUGGCAGGAGAACAUCAACGGCGCUUACAAGUACGUCAUGCUUGGUGCUGCCAGUGCUAUCAAGGGUCAGAGCGAUAUGAAGAAGUUCGAGAAGGCUCGUGAACUGAAGAAGCACAUCGACAAGAUCCGCAGGGAUUACACCAGGGAUCUGAAGAGCGAGGUGAUGGCAGACCGACAGAGGGCCACGGCCGUGUACCUGAUCGAUAAGUUUGCUCUCAGAGCAGGCAACGAAAAGGACGCUGAGAACGAGGCCGAGACCGUCGGUUGCUGUUCGCUCAAGUACGAGCAUAUCACCUUGCGGGAGCCCAACACAGUCAUCUUCGAUUUCCUCGGAAAGGACAGUAUUCGUUUCUACGAUGAGGUCACAGUCGAGAAGCAAGUCUUCAAGAACCUGAAGCUCUUCAAGAAGCCACCCAAGACCGACGGUGACGACAUCUUCGACCGACUCACCACGAGUCAGCUGAACAACCACCUCAAGAACUACAUGCCUGGGCUCACGGCCAAGGUUUUCCGUACCUACAACGCCUCUUUUACCAUGUCGAAUCUUCUGCAGAAGCUGAAGGUCGAGAACCUGACGAUCGCGGAGAAGGUGAAGCUUUACAACGACUGCAACCGUGAGGUCGCGAUUCUUUGCAACCACAAGCGUACCGUUGGUGCCGCACAUGAGGCUCAGAUGGAGAAGCUCGGCGACCGCAUCAAGGGUCUUCGGUACCAGCAGUGGCGCACGAAGAUGAUGAUGUUGGACGUUGACCCCAAGUCGAAGAAGAAGAAGGGCGCAGACUUUUUCGUUCGCCCUGAGGAGUUGGACGACACUUGGGUCCUCGAACACCAGGCUUUCUUGGUUGAGGAGCAGCGCACGAAGAUCACCAAGAAGUUCCAAAAGGACAACGAGAAGCGUGUCGCCGAUGGCGAGAAGCCCUUCCCUGAUAAGGAGCUUAAGGAGCGCCUCAAGGCUGCUGAUGAACUUGCCGCCAAGUUCAAGAAGGAGAACAAGUCGAAGAAGGUUGAGGCCGAAGGCCGCAGCCCCACGGUCGAGAAGCUCGAUGAGCAGGUUAAGAAGAUUGACGAGAGGAUCAAGACCCUGGAACUCCAAGCCGCCGACCGCGACGGCAACAAGGAGGUUGCCUUGAGCACCAGUAAGAUCAACUACAUCGACCCUCGCCUGACUGUUGUCUUCUCCAAGAAGUUCGACGUGCCUAUUGAGAAGUUCUUCUCGAAGACUCUCCGUGAGAAGUUCAGCUGGGCCAUCAAGUCCGUCGAGAACGAAGAAUGGGAGUUCUAA